GUGUUUGGGCUGGAGACAGGACCAGUCCUCAUUGUAACAACGUACCCAGCCUUGGGCUCUCUGUUCAAUACGGAUUACGUAACUGAUGAGAAACUCAUUAUUUGAUUAUCAGUGUUCAGCUGAGAGACAGCUGGAAAGUAGAGAAUCUCAUUGACAAAAGAUUGAGACAACCAUACGCAGAUUUGCAGGCUGCACAUGUUCCUUUGCAGAUCAAAGCUCUUUAAUUCAGGAUCAAACCAGGAGGACUGCACGAACUGACCAGGAACAGGGAGGUGCAGCCAUGAUCAGCUACAACACUGGAUCAGUGUGGGAUAGCAGGAAGAGAAAGAUGUUUUAAAAACUCUCGCACCAAACAGAGACACAAAAUGGAGAGUGUUGAGAAUGGCCAUCUCACAAAAGGCAACCUGAGCAGUAAUUCGUCCCUUCCAGGUCCGGGUAAUGUAAAUGAGGUCCUGAUUACCACACUCCUCGGGGUGAUCCUAACCAUGAUGUGUGUCUGUGGCACGCUUGGCAACAUCUACAUGUUGGCGAUCGCCAUCCGAUCAAUCAAGUCUGCCGGGUCCAUGUACGUUUAUAUUGCCAACCUGGCACUGGCUGACCUUCUGUACUUGCUCACCAUCCCUUUUGUGGUGUGCACGUACUUUGCCAGAGACUGGUACUUUGGGGAGAUUGGCUGCAGGUUCCUCCUCAGCCUGGACCUCCUGACCAUGCACGCCAGCAUUUUCAUCCUCACGGCCAUGAGUGUUGAACGAUACAGGGCUGUGACCUCACCCCUGGCCAGCCAGGCUACAAAAAUGUGCCGAAGGAUGAUUACUGUUGCCAUUUGGUCAUUGUCGUGCGUCCUGACCUUGCCAAUGAUGAUUAUGAUCCAUUUACGAGAGACCAUCAGCCCUUCAGGGUCAACAAAGAGGAUUUGCUUCCCAACGUGGAGUCCUGAUGCCUACAAAACGUAUCUCACCAUUUUAUUCAAUACCAGCAUUUUAUCUCCAGGCAUUGUCAUUGGAUACCUAUACAUCCGGUUGGCACAAGCUUACUGGCUUUCAGGGAGAAUGGUUCUGGACACUAGGAACCGUACUCUAAAGCAGAAGGUCCUGUACAUGACUUUUAGCAUCAUCUUGUUAUACUGGGCGUGCUUUCUGCCAUUUUGGGUUUGGCAAUUGGUGAAACUGUACACGCACGAAACACUGAGCUUGACACCUCUGGUACAAAUGUACAUCAAUUUCUGUGUGACCUGCCUGACUUACAGUAACAGCUGCAUCAACCCGUUCCUGUAUGUGUUACUCACCAAGAACUACAAGGAGUACAUGGCACACCGCGGCAGAACUUCCACUGAGCGAGCCACCUUCAAAAGGGGGGCAAAGGAACAGUCACGGGUCCAAAAGGUCAACUGCCCAAAGGGGCACAACCAGAACUGCUCCAGCCAGAGCGGCAGGAGAGAGAUCACACAGCAGGGUCUAUGUUGGCCUCAACAAGCCAUUCUCAAGAAAUGAGUUGCCCCCAAGGUACCAUGGUCUUAUCUUUGUGUAUUCUGGAGCAAGUCUUUGAUAGACGAUGGUAACAGAACUUGGAGACAGCCCAUUUAGCUCCUCGAACCUGUUCAGUCAUUGUUCUACCAGACCUUGUCUGA